AUGUCCGAGGCUUACGAGCGUGAACGCCAAAACAAUUCUCGCCUCGACGAGCUCUCCUCCAAGGUCUCCGCCCUGCGCGGCAUCACCGUCGACAUCUACGACAACGCCCGCACCCAGGAUGUCAUCGACAACACCUCCGAGACCUUCUCCUCCAUGACCACUACUCUCAGGGGUUCCGCCACCCGCCUCGGCAGGAUGGCCGUCUCGGGCAACAAGGUCGCCGUUCUAAAACUAUCCGCCAUCCUCAUCGGCAUCUUCAUCUUCCUCUACUACGUUUCCAAGCUAUUCUUCUAA